GUCGACUAUUUUCUGCUCCUACUUCACUUUACUUGCGCAUUCGGCUUCUUUCUCUGAAACCCAUUACGGAUCACAGCCACCGAGGCUGUACGGGCGGCGGCGAUUCUGUCGAGAAGAAGAUGAAGAUCUUCGUCAAGACUCUCAAGGGAACGCACUUCGACCUCGAAGUGAAGCCCGAGGACACGGUUGCUGAUGUGAAGAAACAUAUAGAAGCCUUGAAGGGUUCAGAUGUUUACCCUGCUUCACAACAGAUGCUAAUUCAUCAAGGAAAAGUGCUUAAAGAUGACACAACGUUGGACGGAAAUAAAGUUGCGGAAAAUAGCUUUGUUGUGAUAAUGUUGACUAAGAGUAAGAGCCCAACUGGCGGUGAAGGUUCAGGUGCAUCAACAGCGGCUACAACUGAGGCACCACAGCCAAGUGCACAUACUGGUGCUCCAACUGCGACAUUAACGGCAACUCCGGCCCCUGCAGCAGCCUCAGCACUGCCUGCAUCUGUUACCACACCUGCUCCUGUCGCUUCGCCUACCACGAAUUCACAAGCUGAUUCUUAUGGCCAAGCAGCAUCUGAUCUGGUAGCUGGAACUAACUUGGAGGGAACAAUUCAGCAAAUUCUAGAUAUGGGUGGAGGGACGUGGGACAGGGAUACUGUUGUACGUGCUCUCCGUGCUGCAUUCAACAACCCAGCAAGAGCUAUUGACUAUCUUUAUUCUGGUAUCCCUGAGCAACCUGAAGCUCCACCUGCAGUCCCUAUUCCUGUGAGUGAGCAAGUCGCAAACCCUCCAGCACAACCUCCACAGUCAGCACAACCAGCAUCCGCUCCUCCAAGCAGACCUAAUGCCGAUCCUUUAAACCUGUUUCCGCAGGGCCUUCCAAACAUGGGUGCUGGUGGUGCAGGCAAUCUUGAUUUUCUUCGUGACAACCAACAGUUCCAAGCCUUGCGAUCUAUGGUGCAGGCUAAUCCACAAAUAUUGCAGCCUAUGCUUCAAGAGUUGGGGAAACAAAACCCUAAUCUAGUGAGGCUAAUUGGCGCGCAUCAGGCUGACUUCCUUCGCCUGAUUAACGAACCUGCUGAAGGUGGAGAAGGGAAUGUACUGGGGGAUGCAGCAGUGCCACAGGCAAUAACUAUCACUCGUGAGGAGCGUGAAGCUAUAGAACGUCUUGAAGCAAUGGGGUUCGCUCGAGCAAUUGUAUUGCAGGUGUUCUUUGCCUGCAACAAGAACGAAGAAUUGGCCGCCAACUACCUCUUAGACCACAUGCAUGAAUUUGAGGACUAAAAUCUAUGGAAGAUCACCGGUCCGGUCCAACCCGUCAUCUGAAAAAUGAAAAAGAUUUGAAGAACCCCUCAUCUGGCCUCCAUUUCUAGAUCUAUUGCUUUUUUUUCCCCUUCACAUUUAACCCUUCGUAGUUUGGAGUUUGGAUCAUGUGGGUUGUCUGUCUGUAAUGCACAAGAAUAUAACUUCUUCGCAAAUCUGCUCUCUUCGUUUCUUCUUUUUUCCCAUCUAUGCAAGACAAGAAAUUUUUUA